UCUAAGGAUUGCUCUCCCUUCAAGCAAGUCGGCCCUAAAUUAACGGUGGUCGAGUGAUGCACCGCGCACUUCCGGGAUCUUUGACGAUCCUGAAGAAAGCUACGCGGAGGACGCACGAAAAAGGAGAACGUUUUGGUUAAACGAACGAGAAUUAGAGAGAUCGUGUGAAGUAAGAGAAAAUUGAGAGCAAUAAAAAAGUAAGCAAGGAGAAAAGUAGUGGGAUUAAUCAGGCACAAAAUAUUAGCGUUUAGAGAAAAGUGAAAAAGCCAAGUCCCCAAGUUCGUGUUGAUCCUAAAAUUCCAUCGUGGGGAUCGUCGAUCUUCUAAGCCUGGACUUAUAUACUUUCUCUUGCAAACAAGCCACCAAAGCGUUCUCCAAAAAAUCCAAGAGCACUCGAACAGUAAAAGCGAAAAUAGUAUUGUGAUUAGCAUCAAAACAAUCGAUAUCCCAAAAAGUAGUGUAUUUCGAGAAACAAAUCGCAAGUACGAGUGCUUCGAGAUUUAAAGUUGUUGAAUGGAACUCGAAUUCAUCAUGGAUGGCGGUGCAGAAGCUCUGAACGGGACGAUAUGGUUUCCGAAUACACCGUCUCCACCAUAUGAAGAGCUAUCCCCGGUUCGUCAAAACAGAUGUGAUCCCAUCGCAACACAACACGCGACAAUGGGAUAUCACAGUCCACAAAAUUGUUUAUGGCAGGACAAAUACAGCUCCCCAAAGGAUUCUCCCGACGACGGUGCUCAGUUACGUUCGAGCAGCGAAUCGCCUCAACAUCUCAGCCCAUCAUCCGACAAUACCGCCAACUGUCAACAGGGCAAUCUAAAACGUCGCGCUGGAGAGCCGUUACAAAUUACGGAACUCGAGAAGAAACAUGCUAGGAGAGAUGGAUCGAUUGGGACCAAUGGUUCUGGACAAGGAUGGUCACCACAAGUGGAGGAACUGGCUGAACAUCUUGCCGCUGAUUUCGAUGGAUCUCUAUCAGCGCUCGCAGCAUCUGAUCUUGCAACAGCCGUCGCCUCCUAUAACAUGAGCGAAGCCCUGCUCGCAUUGCCAUCGUUGACGGUGUUCAAGCAAGAAGCACCAUCGCCGGAAAACCAGCAAAAUUCCAAUUUGAACCACGUGUCACAGAGAACAAUUAAUUCGGCAUUAACAAAUAACGCGAACGCCGCUGUUGAGGCUGACAGUAACAAUAAUGGGCAGACAACAACUAGUCUUCAUCAGCUGCUUUACUCCUCGAACGAGGAGUAUCCUCCGACGUCAUCCACGGGAAACCACGUUUCCUCCUCUCAACAAGGAAACGAGCUCAACGAGGACUGCCGUUUCCAAUACGUGCUUGCCGCUGCCACGAGCAUCGCAACGAAGGUCAACGAAGAGACACUUACCUACCUCAAUCAGGGUCAAUCGUACGAGAUCAAACUGAAGAAACUGGGCGAUCUGUCUGCUUAUCGCGGGAAAAUUUUGAAGGGUCAUCCAACGUUUCUGUUUCAGUCAACUAUUCGCAUUUGCUUCCACGAAAGGAGACUUCAAUACACUGAACGGGAACAGAUGCUUGCAUGGCAACGUACAAGACCCGGUGAAAGAUUGCUCGAAGUUGAUGUUCCUCUCAGUUACGGGAUGGUGGACGUUUGUCAACCAUCCCUAUCCAACAAUAGUGUAGAAUUCAUGUGGGAUCCCACCAAGGAAGUCGGCGUAUAUAUAAAGGUGAACUGCAUCAGCACUGAAUUUACACCAAAAAAACACGGCGGAGAGAAAGGUGUGCCAUUUCGAAUUCAAGUGGAAACGCGACUUCCUGGAGGUCCGCGCCUGCAUGCCGCUUCUUGCCAGGUAAAGGUCUUCAAAUUAAAGGGAGCCGAUCGUAAGCACAAACAAGAUCGGGACAAAAUACUACGGCGACCACCGCACGAACAGGAUAAAUAUCAGCCAAGCUACGAUUGCACUGUUCUCUCCGACAUUCCCCUGGACUCCCUAUUGCUACCCAACUUGAUUACGCAAAAUGGUGGGAGCCCCUACGCUUCAACAGAAGCAAUAUCACCACAAUCUCGCUCGUCCGUUAGCGGUAAUACUUCGCCGGUAGUAGCUCCUUUGGCACUUUCGGUUUCCAAUACCAGCAUCGUACCACUAGUUCCCGCCUCCGAUGUUGUGAAGGAAAACGUGGGAACGGCACCCGCCCUGCCAUCACCUGCGGCAAUUUUGCCCGAUCAAUCCUGCAUCGAUACUGAAGGAUCGUCAUGUUUGGCCCAAUUGUCACCUGAUGCAAAUGCGGCUCAGACAACCGCGUGGCUCCGUGCUAGUCGAUUCAACACAUUCGAGUCUACAUUCGCCAGUUUCUCUGCAUCGGACAUAUUACGACUCUCCAGGGAUGACUUGAUCCAAAUUUGUGGUUUGGCCGACGGGAUUCGAUUGUUCAACGCUUUACACUCGAAGGCACCGACUCCAAAACUCACCCUUUAUUUCUCGUUGGAAGACAAUGGUUCUCUCUGGAGGGUCGCUUACUUGGAUAGUCUAACCAGUAGUGCCCUAAUGAGCAAGCUACUGAAUACUCUGAAUUUGCCACACGAUCGGUUACAUUCUGUGCUCUACCUUGGACCCCAGGGUAUUCAUGUUUUGGUUACUGACGAAUUGGUAGCAAAUAUGAAAGACGAGAGCAUGUACUUCGUUGAAACUAUUAAAGAUAACGCGAGCGACCGAUACAAGCUGCUUUUGAAGCCUUCAUCGCGUUCCUAAAAGGUACAUUUGUUGGUAUUUAAUUACAAAAUCUACGAUUUUUAAAUAUCAUGAAUGUGUCUAUGACUUGACAAAAAUUUGUUAUCAUUAAACGUACAAAAGUGUAUUGCGUAACUAGGAAUUUAACAACGUAUUUUUUCGAUUGAAGUUAGGAAUGAAAUAUUUUUUAAUCAUUUAUCCGUGGAUAUGAACUAAUUACGAAAAUGUUUCACUUUAUAACGCCUACAGAAAAUUCAUACUUCCAAAUUAAACUAAAAAAUAUUUGAAUAGGUAAAAGAGAAAGAUACCAAGAAAAAGACAAGGAAUAUUAUCCUUACUUUACAUGCAAUACUCACUAGAUGUUUACAGAGUAUAGUUACAUGUAUCUUAAGUCAUAAGUAAUCGAUACUUCUGGAGCUAAACGUACGUGUUACUUCCAGUGUUAAAAGUAUAGCUGUACAUCAAAUUAUAUAUUUUAUAUACAUAUAUUACUUUCCGCGGAAAUACCAGUCAUUACGAAAAUAAUAUACAAAUGAUCCAACUAAGUUUUUUUAUUAGGGUUUAAGUAAAUUGUUUAGUUUGAAGACUUAUCUAGAAAUUCUUAAGAAUAUUCAGAUAGCGGUAAUUACUCCAACCAUUGUGCCACAAGCAAGUUUAUAAACUUAACAAUAUUCUCGCACGAAUAUUGUUAUUGUUAUGAUUAUUCAUCAAUGUUGAUUAUUAUUAGCAGUUUUACAGAUUUUAGUGCAUAAUCGAAAAUUUUCAAAGUAGACGUUGCUGAUGAAUAUGAUCUCUAUUUACAAAAAUUGUAAUAUAUUUUUUAUGAUCACGAUUUAUUAUAAAACUAUGAAAUCUAAAAAAACGCAAAGCAUACUUCUAAACAGAGGUACUUUGCUGAAAUAAGAAAGAAAGCAUGGAACAUUGUAACAAGUUCCUACACUUCAAUAUUUAAAUGGUGGCCUUAGUAAAACUAUAGGUGCCUUAUUUUCUCUUAUUUGUUUUGUUUUUUAAUUUAUAGCAAUGUGUUAGAAUUUAUCUACUAAACGUUUUUAGAAUUAGAAACAAUCGUGAUUACAUUUUGACAGGGAGAAAUUUAUUUCGUAGUACAAAUUAUAGAAGAAUGAACUUUCCCUUGAAUGUCUUCGAAUAUCAUAGGGAAGAUAUUAAGUAUUAUAACAUAUUACCAAAUGCUAAAUCGUAAGCUAGUUUUCGUUUAAACUAUCAAUUUCAUAAUUUGCAAUAAAUUUUUUGAUCAACAUUUACGAUACUAAUACUCUUUUGUACAUAUUGUGUACAAUCAUACGUGUAUUGAGUCAAUAGCCCAUCUCAGUGGCCAAUGCAUAACGCGAAAAAUGUAUCGUUUCACAUCACAAUGAAGCAUAUUACAACCGAUAGGACUGUACAUAUUUUAAUAGACAAGAAAACUAUAUUGACGUACAUAUUUUAUCUUAGACACAAUAUACGUAAGAUGAAUUCGGUGAACUUUUACUGUAACACAUGGAAGGUGUAUGGGAUCCGGCUGCAUGAUGUUAUAUCUCGAAAUUCCUACGCAUGUUAAUUUUAUAUCAUAAAACGGCACAAUAAAUAUCUUCUGUUGCCAAAAUGUAUGAUCUUCCAAUAAAUAGACACCACGUUUUAUUCAUAAA